AUGGAUUCAAGUCGUGAAACAACCGUCACACAAUCAGGAGUAUUUUCAGCUAGAAAACUUAAUACAAAUACGGCUAAUUCAACAGCAUCGGAUAUGCAAAAAAAAACGGUAAUACCGACGACAAAACGACCAACAAUUACAGUAAAUGAUAAUCCUACAUCACAUAAUGAUCAAAAACAUCCAGAAUCUGCCAGAGCAGUUCGAACACAACCGCUGAUGUCCCCAGGGAUUUUACCAGUACAAUCUACUCCAUCCUCUAGUCCAGUAACCAUUCCAUAUAACUCAAAUAAAGUUUUGGAAAAACAAUGGCAACCAACUGCAGAAGACUAUCCAAAUAAUCAAGUACAGGAUGGAAGUACACUAUUCGAUUAUCAAAUGAAGGCAAAAUGUGUGCAGUUAAUGGAAUCUAAAAAUGUAAUGUUAUUAAAUGAUGUGAAAGACUAUGAUGCAAAAGAAUCUCUCCUACGUCAAGCUGUGGCGCUAAAUACGCCGAGUGUAACAAUACCGGUUAUCAUGUUUCUAGAAAAUACACUAUCACGUCCGUUAUUCUAUGAAUUGAUUAAUCAACAUCCGUCAGCAAUUAAUAGUUAUAUAAAUAUGUGCAAAUUACGUUUAGAGAAAGAAUAUUAUGUUGCCAUGUUAAAACAAUUUGGAAAACGUGAAGAUGUUGCUAUGCUUAGAAUUCGUCAAACAAGUCAGGCAAAUGAUAUGCAGACAAAAGUAACAUUAUUAACCGAAGCUAUGAAUGAGCUUCACUCAAAUGUAUGGUGGCAUACACAAGUCUCCGAUUACAUGCGUCUUCUUCAAAAACAACAAUUAUUACACUCAUUAUCUCAUGGACGAAGUCAAGUGGAAAAUCGCUCAUUAUUACAUACAUAUAAAGUUGUUUAUAAUUCAGAAUUUCGAAAACCUGAUAAACAUGAAUUUAAAGAAUUAGAAACAAAUUUUAAAAUGUCACCAGAAUUAUCUUUGUAUGGUAAAUUAUCCGUAAUAAUUGAAAAUGGUAUAUCAAAUAACUAUCAAGAAUUUAUAACCACAGCUAGUCAACCAACGGGUAUAUUAAGACAAAAACAUAUCAUUUCACCACAUAUACUUGCUGAUAUGGUUUACAAUGCGUCACGUGAUUCUGGUGAAUCUAUGGAACAGGCUAGCGAUAGAGCAAAAAAGUUUCUUACAAUGAUAGCUGAUCCGGAAAAACGUGUUUUUUAUGCUGAAAAAUUUGGCAAUUAUGAAGUGGCAAUUGAUACAAUCGUUAAUCAUUUAAAAGAUCGUACAGAAUUAGAGAAUUUACGUAGACGAAUGCCAAAAGAUCAUGCAGCCAUAAACAAAGCUACAAUGCUAUUGGACUCAACAAAAUGGAAAAAUUAA